AUGAGCACAGGAAUUGAGAAGAAAGAGCCAGUCGACGAUGUUGUGGACGAGAAAGAUGUGCAGAUUGGCACUGUGACAGACCUUGAUGAGGGAGAGGUCUUCCUCCACCAACAUGGAUUCAAUCAAGAGGCCAUUCAAGCCCUGUUAGACGAUGGCCCACGAAACAAAGCCCUCGUGCGCAAGGUAGACCUUGUAUUGUUACCUUUGCUUGCUGGCACGUACAUGCUGCAGUAUAUUGACAAAUCAGCACUGGCUUACUCCGCCGUAUUCGACCUUCUCCCUUCGACGAACAUGUCCAGCGACCAAUACAGCUGGCUCGCCAGUAUCUUCUACUUCGCAUAUCUUGUCGCAGAAUACCCAUGGAGCAUGCUCGCCCAGAAGACAAAGCUUGCCAAAGUCGUUUCUGGAAACAUCAUCGCAUGGGGCGCAAUGCUCAUGAUAACCGCUGCCUGUUCCUCGUUCACUGGAAUGGCCAUCUGCCGUUUCCUCCUGGGUGUUUUCGAAGCCCCCAUAACACCUUGUUUUAUGAUGAUGAUUGGAAUGUGGUACACACGUGCUCAGCAGCCGUUCCGCGCCGGUGUCUUCUACAGCUGUAACGGGCUGGGAGCGAUGGUGGGUGGCAUCCUCACGUAUGGCAUUGGACAAAUCCAUACCAUCGCCGUGUGGAGGGCUAUAUAUCUCAUUUUGGGCGGAAUCACCCUCGUGUGGGGAGUAAUCAUGCUCCUCUUCCUCCCAGAUGACGUUGUUUCAUCAAAGCGUUUCACGUUGGAUGAAAAGGCCCUCUUGAUCGGCCGUGGCCGGCUCGGCCAAACUGGUAUCAUCAACCACCAAAUCAAAUGGCAUCAAAUCCGGGAAGCUUUGAUUGAUCCCCAGGUCUGGGUCUUGUUCCUCUUCACUCUCUUGAAUGAGGUUGUCAAUGGCGGAAUCGCCAGCUUCGGUAAGCUCAUCAUCAAAGGACUGACCGACGAUUCUGCGACCGCUGUGGCGUUGGGAAUUCCCUUUGGUGGAUUCCAAAUCUUCUAUGUCCUUGGAGGUACAUUCCUCGCAUCCCGGGUCAAGAACUUCCGUACCGUUGUCAUGUUCGUUUAUCUGAUGCCUACCAUCCUUGGGGCCAGUCUUUUGUGGAAGUUGGAUCACAAGACUUACAAGGUGGGAGUGCUGUUUGGUUACUACAUCAUUGGUGCCUAUGUCUGCUCAUUGGUAUUGGCUUUGCAGAUGCCAGCAACCAACCUUGGUGGGUACACAAAGCGAACCACCAGUGUUGCCUUGGUUUUUCUGGCAUACUGUGCUGGAAAUAUCAUCGGACCUCACGCGUUCCUUGCAAAGGAAGCCCCGAUUUACCAAACUGGAGUCAAACUCAUCCUGGCAUGCUCAUCUGCCCAAGCAGCUCUUGCUGUUCUGUUGCGUUUCAUGUUGAUUCGCAGAAACAAGCAGAGAGAUGCUGCCGCUGCGGUGGCAGACCAAGCCGCAGUAUCUGCUGAUGAGAGCACUAUGGCAGACUUGACCGAUUUCGAGGUGAGUGAUAUGACCCCAAUCAAGUGCUUUCGCAAAGCUUUGACUAAUUGGAUAACAGAACCCACACUUCCGUUAUGUUUAUUGAAUGUACCUUUAAUUUUCACGUUUCUAAUUGUAAGCAUUGAACAAAGCCUCUGCCUUCGCUAUUCCCAAGUUGUUCGCCAGGAAGUGUAG